CUUCGCCCCUCCGCCCGAAGGCCAAAACUCAUUUGCCCAGUCUCAAAAAAUCCCCAGCAAAAAAAAAAAAAACCGUUUAAUUUCACUUUAUUACCUUUCUUCCCAAAAAAUUUAAAUCUUUCCUUUCAGCCUCCCUCCCACAAAGCCACAACUUUACCGUCCCUCUUCUCUUUUGUUCGUCUUUUCGGUUCAAUAGACUCAGUAUUCCAUCUCUCUCUCUCCGCCGGAAUAUUCCCAUCCACCAAUGGAUGUCCGCCGCAGACCGCCAAAGCCUUCUGGUCCUCCAACCAACUCACUUGACCACCACCACCAGCAGAACAAGGGUUCCUCCUCCGCAUCCGCCAGAGUCCUGGAUCGGUCCCCUUCACCAACCCCCAAGGCCUCCGAUGCCCUCCCCCUCCCUCUCUACCUAACCAACGGCAUUUUCUUUACCCUCUUCUUCUCCGUCGCCUACUACCUCCUCCACCGCUGGCGUGACAAGAUCCGCAACUCCACCCCUCUCCACGUCCUUACCCUCUCCGACCUCGCCGCCAUUCUCUCUCUCAUCGCCUCCUUCAUUUAUUUGUUAGGUUUUUUCGGUAUUGAUUUUGUUCAAUCCUUCAUUGCCCGCCCAUCUAACGACCACUGGGACGUCGACGUUGAGGACGAAAGAUUCAUCCUCGACGAAGAUCGUCGCCCCCGCCGCCUUCCCUCCGUCGUCUCCGCCACCCCCAUUUCCCCUUCCCCCGCGCCUAAGUUAAUGGAGGGUCCUCCACCCACCACCACCACCCCCCUCGGCAUCAGCCACCCCCCUUGCCCCAAAGAAGAAGAAGCAGACGAGGAGCUCGUCAACUCUGUGGUUUCCGGCGAUUUCCCUUCCUACUCCUUGGAGUCAACUUUAGGAGAUUGUCUCCGAGCGGCCUCCAUUCGCCGAGAGGCGGUGCAGAGGAUUACUGGGAGGUCGCUUUCCGGUAUGCCGUUGGACGGGUUUGAUUAUGACUCUAUUCUGGGGCAGUGUUGCGAGAUGCCUGUUGGAUACGUGCAGAUUCCGGUGGGCAUUGCUGGGCCCCUGUUGCUCAACGGCUGCGAGUACUCGGUGCCAAUGGCCACUACGGAGGGCUGUUUGGUAGCCAGUACCAACAGAGGUUGCAAGGCCAUCUAUGCAUCCGGAGGAGCCACCGGUAUCCUGUUGAGAGAUGGGAUGACCAGAGCCCCUGUUGUCAGGUUCCCCACUGCCAAAAGGGCCACUGACUUGAAGUUCUUCUUGGAGGACCCUCUUAAUUUCGAUACAUUGGCGCUCGUUUUUAACAAGUCAAGCAGAUUUGCUAGGCUUCAGGGUAUUCAAUGCUCUAUUGCAGGAAAAAAUCUAUAUAUCAGAUUUAGCUGCAGCACUGGAGAUGCUAUGGGAAUGAACAUGGUGUCUAAAUGUGUUCAGAAUGUUCUGGACUUCCUUCGUAGUGAUUUUAGCGAUAUGGAUGUUAUUGGUAUCUCAGGGAAUUUUUGUUCUGAUAAAAAACCUGCUGCUGUAAAUUGGAUUGAAGGACGCGGAAAGUCGGUUGUUUGUGAGGCAACCAUUAGUGAAGAGGUAGUCAACAAGGUACUGAAAACCACCGUACCAGCACUUGUAGAGCUUAACAUGCUCAAGAACCUUACUGGUUCUGCUGUAGCUGGUGCUCUUGGUGGCUUCAAUGCGCAUGCUGCCAAUAUCGUCUCUGCAGUUUUUAUAGCUACUGGCCAGGAUCCAGCACAAAACAUUGAAAGUUCUCACUGCAUCACUAUGAUGGAGGCUGUCAACAAUGGGAAGGAUCUUCACAUCUCCGUCACAAUGCCUUCCAUUGAGGUUGGUACUGUAGGUGGUGGAACUCAACUUGCUUCUCAGUCGGCAUGCCUCAACUUGCUUGGGGUGAAGGGGGCAAGUAAAGAGUCGCCAGGAUCAAAUGCCAGGUUGCUAGCCACGAUUGUUGCCGGUGCAGUACUUGCCGGGGAGCUAUCACUGAUGUCAGCCAUUGCAGCUGGGCAGCUGGUCAAAAGUCACAUGAAAUACAACAGAUCAAGCAGGGAUGUCACCAAAAUUGCCUCGUAGACAUGAAAAAACGGAGCAAGUUUGUGAGAAGUAGAAGACAGGAGGGAAAAAUGGAGCCCAGAUGAGGGGGGGAGACAAUGAGAUGGUGCUUAGUAGUGGCCCGUGUGUGUGUGUGUGUGUGUGUUAUUUUUUUCCUUUUUUUUUUUUUUUUUUUUUUUUUAUGGUUGGGGCGGGGGGAGCGGGAUGGUUGGUGUGGGGGAGAAGAGCUCGUCGCAGCUGUAAAGUAUAGGGAAGCAUGUGCGUGUGGAAGAUGCGAUGCCCAUAUGCCUGCACGUAGACCCUCUCACCCUUUUGUCUCUGUCAGGAGAGGGCCAGAAAGAAGAGAAACAUUCCCCCUUCCCCUCCCCACCCUCUUCCUCCCGAACAAAAUAUAUAAAAAAAAAAAAAAAAAAAAAAAAAAA